UUACCAUGGCGAUGACUGCAGGGACGACAACAUCCUUUCCCAUGAGCAACCACACCCGGGAGAGAGUGACGGUGGCCAAGCUCACGCUGGAGAACUUCUACAGCAACCUCAUCAUCCAGCACGAGGAGCGAGAGACCAGGCAGAAGAAGCUGGAGGUGGCAAUGGAAGAGGAAGGCUUGGCAGAUGAGGAGAAAAAGCUGCGCAGGUCCCAACAUGCCCGCAAAGAAACGGAGUUUCUGCGCCUGAAGAGGACAAGGCUCGGCUUGGAUGACUUUGAGUCUUUGAAGGUUAUCGGCAGAGGAGCUUUUGGGGAGGUACGUCUUGUUCAGAAGAAGGAUACAGGCCAUAUUUAUGCAAUGAAGAUACUAAGAAAAGCAGAUAUGCUGGAAAAAGAGCAGGUGGCCCAUAUCCGAGCAGAAAGAGAUAUUUUAGUUGAAGCAGAUGGAGCCUGGGUAGUGAAAAUGUUUUACAGUUUUCAGGAUAAAAGAAAUCUCUAUCUGAUCAUGGAGUUCUUACCUGGAGGUGACAUGAUGACCUUACUAAUGAAGAAAGACACCUUAUCCGAAGAGGAGACACAGUUUUACAUCUCUGAAACCGUGUUGGCCAUAGAUGCUAUUCACCAGCUGGGAUUCAUUCACAGAGAUAUUAAGCCAGACAACCUUUUGCUGGAUGCUAAGGGUCACGUAAAACUCUCCGAUUUUGGGCUAUGCACAGGUUUAAAAAAAGCUCACAGAACUGAGUUCUACAGGAACCUUACACACAACCCACCAAGUGACUUCUCAUUUCAAAAUAUGAACUCAAAACGAAAAGCAGAAACAUGGAAGAAGAACAGGCGACAGUUGGCAUAUUCUACUGUUGGCACUCCMGACUACAUCGCCCCAGAAGUAUUUAUGCAGACGGGCUACAACAAGCUCUGUGACUGGUGGUCUUUGGGAGUGAUUAUGUAUGAAAUGCUAAUAGGGUAUCCACCUUUCUGCUCAGAAACACCACAAGAAACCUACAGGAAAGUUAUGAACUGGAAAGAAACUUUGGUAUUUCCUCCAGAGGUGCCCAUUUCAGAGAAAUCAAAGGAUUUAAUUCUAAGGUUUUGCACUGACUCAGAAAACAGGAUUGGUAGUAAUGGAGUAGAGGAAAUAAAAAGUCAUCCCUUCUUUGAAGGAGUGGACUGGGGACAUAUCAGGGAAAGACCGGCUGCAAUCCCUAUAGAAAUUAAAAGCAUUGAUGAUACUUCCAACUUUGAUGAAUUCCCUGAGUCUGAUAUUUUACAGCCAGUGCCAAACACAACGGAGCCUGACUACAAAUCCAAAGACUGGGUUUUCCUCAAUUACACCUACAAGAGGUUUGAAGGGCUCACGCAGCGUGGCUCCAUCCCUUCCUACAUGAAAGCUGGGAAGUUGUGAACCGAAACACAAACCCGCAAAGGAAAGAAAAAAACCCACAAACCUCAGGUAGCUGCAUCACCAGACCCGCUUGGCGUUAGUUAUCAACACAUUGACUCUGGUGCGCAUCAACUUCACACAGAAAUUCUACGGGAUUAGGAUUUCUAAGACUACUACAGGAAUUAGUUGGCAGUGCCAGCUGGCUUUUUUUUUAAUAUUUGAAUAUUUUUGUUAACUUUAUUAUACAAAGGUACUGGAAUAAAAAGGAACGUACAUCCCUUUGUAACUGCACUGCCUAUGUGUGUAGAACGGUUCUGCCUCUCUGUACUGUGGCUGUGUUUGUACUGUAAACCAUCUAAUCCACCCAGGAGUAAAAACAUAUCAUUUUAUGCAGCAUUGCUAUUCUACUGCUCACCUGGUGGUUUUUAGAUAGAUAGGCAGGAUGGAAAACUAUUGCCCGUAUUUGCAAACCCUCUAAGCAGUUGCUGAGGGAGUUCCACUUGUGGUCUACAGCUUAGCCCAUGAGCAYGGCAGCGUUCGGUUAUUUAAAUCAGCAGUUCAUGUGGGGCCUGCUUACACCUUCCUUCCUUCCUCCCCUCCAGAGCCCCACACUAGCAACUCAUCCAUAAUCUUCUCUUUCUUUAUUCUCUGUGCGUGGCAACGGGACAGUCCCGGUGACCUACGCAAAAUGCCAGUACAGCUGUUUCUGUUCAAGCUGAUUGAGCUUUAAACCUGUUAGCAAAUUCAGAACUAAAAAUUGGAAUCUGAAGUAAAAUGAAUUGUUUGUUGGUUUUUUUUUUUUUUAAAGGAAGUUUUGUCCUGAUACCAAGUUCUGAGGAGAUGGCAGUCUCUAAGAUUGUAUUCCUGCCUUGGUUGCAGGAYGGAUAAUCUUAUCGCUCUUGAGAAUUCAAGUAGCCUUUUCUGUCUCUGCAAAACAGGUAUUCUAGAAGAGUGAUCAACCUGCUGCUUUUACUGUUUUUUUUUCCUAAGAUGUUCCAAGCAGGAAAGGAUCCUGUCCCUGCCUUUUAUUUUCAGCACCUCCAUUAGCAGCCUCCUCUAAGCCGGAGCAAGCCGAGUGCCCCACGAGGCUCACUCUCCCGCAGGCUCCGCGUUCUCCCAGCGUCUCUGUCACGGACUGUGACUGUGGAAGGGAGCGGGUGAGCGGGGGGCCCAGUGAGCAGGGCCCACAAGGCGCCCCGAGCGCAGGCAGCAGUGCCUGCAAACACUGCACUGCCUACGGCCCCGGGCWGCCGAGUCCCUCGCGCUGCCUCCCUUCUGCUGCAGCUGCCCUGAGCGCGCCCGGGCCGCCCGCUGCAGUGAAGCACAGGAUGCUCUGACCUGCAGUGGGCUCCAUUAGACUCUCUUUUUCCUCGACAAAGUGGAAACAAUUAUUUCUAAAGCCAUUACAGGAAUGUCUACUGCUGCUAGGCAUGAGGCCAUCAGCUCUUCCGAGCUGUCUGUGUGCUUUAAAGCGCCCUGGGGGGUUCAUUGUUGCACAGAAGCCCAUUUAGCACAAAGAUUUCUGUGCCCUGGUGUUGUCUUCCCCCAGCCAGCAGUUCAAGGGCUUCGGUCGUGUCUUUGUUCAAUAUUUUGUUCCUCUUCAAACAUCUGAUGUUCGGCUCAUCAAAAGGGAAUAUCCAUUUAUACAAUAUUAUAUGAGAGUAUGGCCACGCUAAAUUUUUGCCUUGAGGCUUGACUKGCAUAGGGACAGCUUAUUAUCUCCCAGUUUUUCUUCCUAAAAGUUGCACUGAUUUCCAGGCUGGUUUUAGCCCUGUCAGCAAAGGUCACCUAGAACCAUCCAAAGAUUGUUCAAAACUUGUAGCUAACUUAAACCCACAUUUAUAUUUUGCUACCACUUUCUACCAGUGGCCUAGAACUAGCAGGGCACAAUUUUCUUGUCUCCCUGCUCUAGGGCUGAUCCGAAGUGUAAGCCUGGCCCCACAGGAUACUGCUAUUCAAAAAUCCAUUUGUUCUUUUAAUUUAGUUUUAAUCCCUAACCUUGUUUGAGGGGGCUCGUGUACACUAGAAGUGGAAUUCCUCSAGAAAAGAAAAACACAUUUCAAAAGACCACAGUUAUCCUAUGUGUAACAGAAAGAGAAGUCUUCGCUUGAACUUGCCAAGACAKGGGAAACUGCAAAUGCUCAGAAAUACUGGUGAUAUUUUUUUUUCCCCCUAGUGGGGCUUAGGGGAGGGGAGAURAAUAUACACUUAACUUAAAGCUAUCUAUUAAACAACUCUGUCUGUA